GCAUGGCAUACUGGCUGCGCUCACGUGCCACCCGUGGUCAUGUUCGCAGCUUCCCAUGCUUUUGCUCGCCUCACGUGCCGACUGUCUUAAACACUCCACUUUCUAUCAAAUAUGGCCAGUGGUGCACCAGGCGGCAAUUUUAGAGCAUGGACUCCAACCCCACCCGAGAGAGGCUCGUUUCCAUUGGAUCAUCUCGGUGAGUGCAAGCAACAGAUGAUGGAUUACCUUAAAUGUAUGAAGUUCACCGAAAACAAGAACGCUCCAAACUGCCGGGCGUUAGCCAAAAAAUAUCUUGGCUGUCGCAUGGAGAAUGAGCUCAUGGAGGAUUCAGAUUGGGUCCUGCUUGGUCUCGUCAAUUUACCUGGAGACACCGUCACGUCUCACCCGAUGUCGCAGAAAUCCGAGACAAAAGAGACAGAGGACAACACCUGA